AUGGAAAUUGUCCAAAAUCACCCUAACUCCCUCACCCCCACCCGCGACCCAGUCAAGCAAAGUCGCUCCUCCGACAUGAUGAAGGUCCUACGAGAAGACGACGAGAAGACAAUCAAACCUGCGAGAUCUUUCAGCAUGCCAGUACCGGAGCUCUCAUCUCCAGAAAGCGCGAAUAAUGGCCAGACUGUCACGCACAAAGACCACACCGUCGUCCAAGGAUCCUUCACCCAUCUGACAGCAAUCCCAGCACCGGACAUCCGUCAACAUCCAAUGAACCAGCCAAAUCCCUUUUCCUCCGCAAGUGAUGCGCCUCUCAUGCUCACCACGUCUAAGAAGGAGGAAAUCAAGCGCAUGGUGAAAGAGGCCAGACGACGAUUUGACGAGAAGGAGCGUGAAGCCGAGCGCGAGGAGGCCGAACGUGAAAAGCUCGAAAAUGAAGCUCGGCUGCAACACAGAAUCAAGUUCGGGACAUUGCCAGUGCCUGGGAACGCGUUCAUUAGAGGGAAUUAUGACAAUGGCAAACUCCAAGAGAACCCUUUCAACACGAAGGCCAUCCGCUCCGAAGACUCCAUGAGUCCAAAAGCACCAGAGCCGUUCGCUUGUCGACCCAUCUUGCCCCGUCUGAAACCACAACAAAGCUCUGACAUAGCGAACACGUACGAUCUCAGCAAGAACCUGUCAACCUUCCAGAUUGGUGCCGAGAAUGUCCAGACUGACAUCUUCAACGUCUCCACCGAAGGCUCACCCAUGGCUGGCAUAGCUACUCCAAGGAAAACUCCUGUUGAUAGCAGCAAGUCAGUUGCUACACCACUUUCAGAGGGAUUUGAGCUGAAGAAGACUGGUCUCCGCAAGGUCACUGAUUUGUUCAAGACAAAAUCUGAGAAGCCUCAACUCGACUUUGCCUCACCUCAGCAUACUGACAUGCUUCACCGACCUGAUCUCGAACGUUACUUGCGCAUCACCACCAACAAUCACAGCUAUGACUAUGAUGAGGGACAGCCAUAUUCACGCCACCCAUACACAGGCCGGGCUUGGCACUCUCGCAACCUCAAGUGCACUAAUUGCCUCGAUCACUGCUGCGCCGUCUGCGGUCGCGCCUGCUGUGCCUACAAAUCCGCCGCGCUCGCCGUCAAGACCCAUAAGGACAAUCCAGAAUCCCUAAAGGCGGCCGAAGAGAAACUCCUACAGAUUGCUUUCCUAUUCCCAUAUGGCCAAGAAGCACCCACUUUCCUCCAAUGCACCAAGGGUGGCGAGAUCGGCUGCGGCAAGAUGGUGUGUCCCGAUUGUUGUGGAGAAUGCCCCAACCUGAUCUGCAAGGACAUUCAGUGUCGCAAGUGCAAGAAGAACCCGUGGGCCGAGUGCUUGUGGCAUGACGAGGACAUGAAUCGCCGCGCCCUAUGA